AUUGAGGACAGAGACGUCAGGUUGCUUCUUACAUUCUAGAUCACGAAUCUGUAACAGAGUGUCAGUGACUCGGGCACAAAGCGAGCGAGGCAGAGAUCUGCAACAUCAUCUGCUUUUAAAGUGAAAACAUCACCCACAGCACGGUAGCCCCAGAGAAACAUGGCAUUUGCUGGGAUGUUGAGUGAAGAGGACGUCAAAGCUGCAGUCCAAGCUUGUCAAACUCCAGGCACAUUUGACUUCAAGUUGUUUUUUGCACGAGUGGGACUGACUGGCUUGUCUGAGGCAGACAGGAAGAAAGUGUUUACUAUCCUGGACCAAGACAAGAGCGGAUUCAUUGAGGAAGAGGAGCUGAAAUUGUUCCUGCAGAACUUCUGUCCAGCUGCCAGAGAGCUCACGGUGGCCGAAACGAAGGCUUUGAUGGCAGCAGGGGAUAAAGACAGCGAUGGCAAAAUUGGGAUAGAAGAGUUCUGUGAUCUUUUGAACUGAAGACGAAAAUACUCAAAUCAUGAAUUUGGAGUUCUUCACUCUUCAUUGGCUGAUGAAAAAAAAGGACCAAAUUCCGCACCUGCCUGCUAGUUUCUUAUUUGAUUUGUUAACACGUGAAAAAGGUUGAAAAGGCCAAACGUGGAUGUCUGCAUUGAAUCAAUUUGGUCUUCUGAAUGGAAUAAAAAAUGGAUUUCAGGUGUUCUA